AUGACAAACCGUCUCUCCAGAUCUGAAAAAGGCAAAUGGGCUGCUGACAAACCAGCCCGCCGCCCUACGGUGGUCAUACCGGAACCAGACUCUACUGCUCUCAUUGAAGCUAAUAAGUUCACCCUCAUAGGUCGAGUAACAAACCCCCAUGUUCAAAAAACUCGAGCCCUGGUAGACUUUUUCCUUCAACAUUGGUCUGUGAUUGGACACUUUACAGGCAGGGAGUUGGGCCCUUACAUGUUUCAAUUCACGUUUGAAUCUGAACGUGACCUGCAAGCCAUACUUAAUAAGGCCCCCUUCCACUUUAAACGUUGGAUGCUCAUCCUUCAAAGAUGGGAGUCUGUGAUCUCCGACGAUUUCCCCUCCUCCAUUUCCUUCUGGGUUAGAGUUCACGGAAUCCCCCUACACUACUGGACGGAGGAAACCCUUCACGCAAUUGGCUCCGAACUUGGAGUGGUGGAGUCUAAAGAUGUGGGGCAAGGAAAAAUUAGGGUCCAUGUCAAUGGAUUAAAACCCCUGGUGAUGUCUAUGGAUAUUACAUUGAAGGGUGGCAACAAGAAGAUGGAAGUGGAUUAUGAGAAGAUAGAGAAACAUUGUUUCCUCUGUCAUUCUUUGACCCAUGAGAAAGAUACAUGUCCUCAAAUGUGUAUUAAUGGCACUUCAGUUGCAGAGACGAGAGGCAUCAAUGAGACAAGAGCCUUGGAAAGCCUAGAUGCUUAUAAGAGAGCUAAAGAUGAUCGUAAGAUGGAUAAGAGGCGCUACUCAUACUCUCAUCGUCGAGAAAAUAUCCCUCAACCCCGCUACCCUCUACAAGGUGAUGGUCAUAGAUUCCAGGAAGGAGACAGACGCCGUUCUCCACCAAGGUCUUAUAACUCUCGACCACACUACUCUAAUGAUAAUAGAGAUAGAUCUAUGCAUCAAGCCAGAGAUGUAAACAGAGAUUCCGGGAGAAGCAAAUCCUCUGGUCUUCGUGUAGAUGGAGUCUCUCAUCGUCUCCCUGCCUCCUAA